AUAUCCGGAUGGGAAUUCUGGGAUGGAUGAUGUUGCGGCUGCGGCGAGGCCGAGUCGGACUCCUGUGUCCUCUCGCCGGGGCCGGGGCCGGGGGUCGGGCCACGCAAGCGGUGGCAUCACCAUUCAUGAUUCAUGGGAGGAGAUUGGAGUGGGGGCCAGCUAACGACGGAUCGGAGUUGGAGUUGGAGUCCUGUGCUUCUCCUGCUGGUGCCGCUGGGCACUGCCGCUGCCGCUGCCGCUGCCAUGGGUUUCUCCAGCACCCCCAACCUCAAGCUGCAGCUGCUGCUGGAGCCUCGCCCUCGCAUCGGAACAACGGCCACGACGCCAAGGCUGGUGCGCCUGCGCUGCGCCCUCAGCUCUGAGCCGCCUGUGCAGCCUCCCAUGACCGUUUCCAUCACUGGAGCCACAGGUUUCAUUGGCCGCAGAUUGGUUCACAAGCUUCUAUCGGAUGAUCACAAGGUUUGCGUCUUAACAAGGUCUGCCUCCAACGCUGCAUCAGUUUUUCCUGCUUCCACCUAUCCUGGACUCACAAUAGCCGAGCAAGGGGAUUGGGAGGCAUGCAUCAGAGGCUCCUCUGCUGUUGUCAACCUGGCAGGCAUGCCCAUAAGCACACGAUGGUCACCCGAGAUUAAGCAGGAAAUUAAACAGAGCCGGAUCAAUGUUACAUCAAAGGUGGUGAAGUACAUCAACCAUGCUGGAAACACUGAUACUCGACCCUCAGUGUUUGUGAGUGCGACAGCCAUUGGCUAUUAUGGUACCAGCGAAAUCCAUAGCUUUGAUGAAUCAAGUCCCUCGGGCAAUGACUACCUAGCAGAGGUGUGCCGAGAAUGGGAGGCCACGGCAUGCCAAGUAAACCAGGAGGAUGUUAGGCUUGUGCUUCUCCGGAUUGGGGUUGUUCUUGGCAAGGACGGCGGUGCUCUAGCAAAGAUGAUCCCCCUUUUUAUGAUGUUUGCCGGUGGUCCUCUGGGGACGGGACGCCAAUGGUUUUCCUGGAUCCAUCUGGAUGACCUGGUCAACCUCAUCUACGAAUCUCUAACGAACCCUACAUACAAAGGUGUAAUCAAUGGAACUGCACCUAAUCCUGUGCGUUUGUCGGAGCUAUGCGAACGGCUGGGGCGAAUCGUCGGGCGGCCCUCCUGGUUGCCCGUGCCGGAAUUCGCGCUCAAAGCGGUGCUUGGAGAAGGCGCUUCUGUGGUGUUGGAAGGACAAAAGGUUCUUCCGGCGAAGGCAAAGCAUCUGGGCUUCUCCUACAGAUACCCCUAUGUUGAAGACGCUCUCAAGGCCAUUGCUCGAGACUUGUAGGUUGGCGACAGUGAGCAAUUUAAUUUAAUUUCUCUCUACAAAAAUUAAAUAGGACCUUUAAUUUGUGACGACACGCAUGCAUGCAUGUGUAUAGAGUUUACACUCCGAUCCUCCGGCCUCGUUUGCAUGCGCGUGUUAUGUAACACUUGCUCUCUUUUCCCUUCUUUUGACAUCAUCAAAUGUUGUACUCCUAGUAGAGUACUUCUUAAUACAAGUAAGAGUUCACCUUUCAUAAGGACAGAAACCAAAGAAGCACUUUUAUGAUGAA